AUGAGCCUGAUAUUGUGGUAUGCUGUGGCUGGUCUGGCAUCCCUAGGCCAUGCUUCUCUCGAGAAACGCGCCACCGAUGCCUCCGCAUACUGCUCCGAUUCAUCAGGCACCUAUAGGCUCUCGUCGAUCGCGGCCCCAAUCCAGGGCAGUGGAAGCCCAGGCUCGGAAUCUACCUGGAAGCUAAGUAUCGAUGAUACAUCAUCCGGUCACAAGCAGGAAAUUACUGGCUUUGGGGCUGCUGUGACCGAUGCGACCGUCACGUCUUUCAACACAUUGUCGAGCUCGACCCUCCAACAGCUCCUCAAUGAGCUGAUGACCUCAGAUGGGGCUAAUUUCUCUCUCAUGCGCCAUACUAUCGGCGCAUCUGAUCUGUCUGGUGAUCCGGUCUACACUUACGAUGAUAAUGAGAACGAAGCAGAUCCCUCGCUUUCCGGCUUUGGCCUUGGCGACCGUGGCACUGCUAUGGCGGAAAUGUUGGCCUCGAUGAAAUCCUUGCAGUCCGAUCUGAAAGUGCUCGGGUCCCCAUGGAGUGCGCCCGGAUGGAUGAAAUUGAAUGGUGUGAUUGAUGGAAAUACGACUGAUAAUAACCUCAACGAUGGCUACCUUACCAGUGGUGGUACGGGAAGCACCGGCUACUCCAGUGCAUUCGCCCAGUACUUUGUGAAAUACAUCCAAGCGUACGAAGCAUUGGGCGCUACGGUCGAUGCUAUUACUAUCCAAAAUGAACCCUUGAAUAGUCAGUCUGGAUAUCCGACUAUGUAUGUUUACGACUAUGAGUCUGCGCAGCUGAUCCAAAAGUACAUUGGACCGGCUCUCGCCGACGCUGGGCUAAGCACGGAAAUUUGGGCUUACGACCACAAUACUGAUCAGACAUCGUACCCUCAGACUGUGCUUGAUGAAGCAAAUGAAUACGUCGACACUGUGGCCUGGCACUGUUAUGCAAAGGAUGUCGACUGGAGUGUUCUCAGCCAGUUCUACAGCGCCAACUCUGGGGUCAAGCAAUAUAUGACCGAAUGCUGGACACCAGCGUCCGGAUCAUGGCACCAAGCUGCUGACUUUACCAUCGGUCCCCUGCAGAACUAUGCGUCGGGGGUCAUGGCAUGGACUCUGGGCACAAACACUGAUGAUGGUCCACAUUUGACCACUGGUGGAUGCGAUAACUGCCAGGGAUUGGUCACCGUCAACGACGACGACAGCUAUACUCUCAAUACUGCCUACUACAUGAUGGCGCAGUUUAGCAAGUUCAUGCCCCCUGGCGCGACCGUGUUGAACGGAACCGGAAGCUAUACCUACUCGACUGACGAAGGAUUACAGUCGGUGGCUUCUUUAAACCCGGACGGAACACGCACAGUUGUCAUUGAAAAUAUGUUCAGUGAUGAUAUUUACCUGACCCUAUCGACGGAGAGCGGAGAGGAGUGGAGCGGAAAUAUCCCCAGUGAAUCGGUGACGACUUGGAUCCUCCCGGCCUUAUCUUGAUCAGCUUGCCAUUAUGUUCGCUUUGUGGAGCGUAUAUUUACCAGGUUAAUUGGGAAAGUAAUCUCAG